AUGUUUGGACUUUUUUUUUUCAUUUUAUUCACACCUGGAGUCAGUGAGUUUAUUUGUAAGUCGUCAGAACUAGAUAUAUCAUAUACUUUCUGUGAUUCUAUAGCUCAUGCUUUCAUGUUUAAUCUGACACCUUGCAGCAUCAUGAACAAAUCCAUCUGGAAGCUCACUCUUACCUGGAUUCCAAGAAGUGACAUCACCUUUUUGAAGGCCGUCUUCAACGUCUGGUACGAAGGUGCCAAAGCAUUACACUGGAAGGAAGUCAUCUGCCGCGGAGCCGACGACAAAUACUCAGUGUGCGGAAUGCUGAAAGGAGAAACAGUUGCAGCAGCAUUUGACAUUAAAGGUGCAAGAACAAAGUUUCCAAAGGGCAAUUAUAAGAUUAUUUUACAAGGAUUCUCUGAUGAUUCUGAGAAUAAUAUAGUCAUAUGCUUGAAUUUAACCAUGAUAAUAAAACAAGAUGAUUUCUGA